AUGCCUCCAAAGCGCAUGACCGCAAACCCCAUCAAACCCGCCCGCCAUCGCCCCGGCAAGCCCACCGGCGCCGACUCCUCCUCCUCCUCCUCAGACUCCGAAGCCGACGAACCCAUCGAGCCCGUCGCCGUCGCCCCUCCGCCCAAGGCCGUCAGCGCAGGCGCAGGCAAGAUCAUCAGCAACCUGAACAAGGUCGACCUCAACGCGCGCCGUAAAGAUGCGGAAGCCGCCGAGGCGCGUCGCAUCGCCGCGGAGAGGGCGGAGCGGUUAGCCGCCGAACAAGGCUUCGUCACCGAGGAAGAAGAAGAAGAAUCAGAAGAAGAGAGCGGCUCAGAAGAGGAAAGCAGCGAAGAAGAAGAAGAAGAGGAAGAAUCAGAAGAAGAAGCGCCCAGGAGGUUAAUGAUGCGACCAAAAUUCAUACCCAAAAGCCAACGCUCCGGCGCCGGCGCAGGCGCAGGGGGAAACAAAGACCCAGAAGCCGAAGCCGAAGCCGCCCGCCAAGCCGAGGAAGAGGCCCGCAGGCGCGCCGCCGACGAGCUCGUCGAGGAGCAGAUCAAAAAGGACCUCGCCGCGCGCGCCGCCGGCAAGAAGCACUGGGACGACGAGGACGACUCGGGCUCGGACGUGGACACCACGGACGGGCUGGACCCCGCGGCGGAGGAGGCGGCGUGGCGCGUGCGCGAGCUCAAGCGCCUGCGGCGCGCGCGCCAGGCCAUCGAGGAGCGCGAGCGGGAGCUCGCCGAGGUGGAGCGCCGCCGCAACCUGACCGAGGAGGAGCGCGCCGCCGAGGACGAGGCCUUCCUCGCCCGCCAGCGCGAGGAGAAGGAGGGCAAGGGGAAGAUGGCCUACAUGCAAAAGUACUACCACCGCGGCGCCUUCUUCCAGGAGGAGACGGCCGCCGCGGGGCUCUUGCAGCGCGACAUCAUGGGGUCGCGCAUCCAGGACGACGUGCGCAACCGCGAGGCCUUGCCCGAGUACCUGCAGAGGCGGGACAUGACCAAGCUGGGCAAGAAGGGCGCGACCAAGUACAAGGACAUGCGGACCGAGGAUACGGGGCGAUGGGGCGCGUUUGACGGCGACAGGAGGAGUAGGGGAGGAGAGCGCCGAAAGAGGAGCACGUCUCGCGAAAGGGAUCGGUAUGAUGGCGAUAAGAGACGCAAGAUUGAUAGCCGGGAGUGA